CAAGCUAAGGGAUCAUAUUUUACUCAUUUCAAUUUUCAACCAACAAAACAUGAGUCUAAAAUAGUCAGGCAAUCAACCGGGGGAAAUGGCCUUUCCCUCUUCUUCUUUCCCGACCUGCCAUGGCUGCACCUCGCCCUCCGCCACUUCCUCUUAUUUUCCUUCCUUACCGACUACCUACCUCCGCUGCCGCCACGGUGUCACCAAAAACCACCUCCCCUUUUCUUCUACUUCUACAUCUAAACCACUACUAUCAAUCUCACUACCACACCCAUCUCUCCCCUUCACCACCCUCAAAAUUUCCUCAAAUCACAUCCGCAUCUCCUUCAAAACCCGAGCUUCUGAUUCCGAAACCCAAUUCGACACCCUCUCUUCACCAACAUCAUCUGAAAUCGAUUGUGUUGGAACCGGAACCGAUGUGGAAUGCGUUUUUCCCUCAGAGGGAAAGGGCGAUUAUGAAAUUACCGAACCAGUAACAGCUUCGUUAACUGACGUAGUAUUGGAAUGGGCGUUACUGGUGUCGCCGUUUUUCUUCUGGGGUACGGCUAUGGUGGCGAUGAAGGAAGUUUUGCCCAAAACCGGACCCCUUUUCAUCUCCUCCUUCCGAUUGAUUCCUUCUGGAUUUUUAUUGGUUGCUUUCGCUGCUUCUCGUGGCCGGAAAAUGCCAUCGGGACUAAAUGCUUGGCUGUCUAUUGCACUAUUCUCCCUUGUUGAUGCUACUUGUUUUCAGGGAUUUUUAGCAAAAGGAUUGGAAAAAACAUCAGCAGGCCUUGGCAGUGUUAUAAUUGAUUCACAGCCUUUGACAGUUUCUAUUCUUGCUUCCUUUUUAUUCGGUGAAACUAUCGGCUUAGUUGGAAUUGCAGGUCUAAUCCUCGGUGUUGUAGGCCUUGCACUUCUUGAGAUACCAGCAAUUUCAUUUAAUGAAAAUAAUUUUUCGUUAUGGGGGAGCGGGGAAUGGUGGAUGCUUCUAGCGGCUCAAAGCAUGGCGGUGGGUACGGUUAUGGUCCGGUGGGUUUCCAAAUAUUCGGAUCCGGUUAUGGCAACCGGGUGGCACUUGGUUCUAGGUGGGAUUCCAUUGGCGGUGUUGUCGAUUCUUGCUCAUGAUCCCGCCGUCAGCGGAGGACUGAACGAGCUCACAACAAAUGACGUUUUUGCCCUUUUGUAUACUUCCGUGUUUGGUAGUGCUAUUAGCUAUGGUGUAUACUUCUACAAUGCUACAAGAGGUAGCUUGACAAAGCUUAGCUCCCUUACCUUUCUAACUCCAAUGUUUGCUUCGGUUUUUGGUUUCCUUUAUCUUGGCGAGACUUUCUCCCCAAUUCAACUCACGGGAGCGGUUGUUACAGUUGGUGCCAUAUACAUGGUCAACUACAAAAAUGUUGUCAAAUGAACCGAAUUAUUAUAUCAAAUAUAUAGCGCGAUUUAGAGGGCUCUUAAUAGAGUUCCAAACAAGGUAUAUAUGAUCACACUUCAAGCAAAUCUUGCUUAAAGGAAUGGAAUUUUCCAUGAUAGUUUUAUGUGCUCAUUAAGCACAUUGAAACAAUACUUGUAGAUAUACAUUUCGAUGUAAUGUCAACUAUUUAGCACUA